AUGUUCCAUCUGAAGUUGAUACCACGGAAUGUGCUGCUAGCAAAGAGCAAGGCCGACCUAACCACGACGCUUGCCAAAAUUUCACCGGCCGCGAUCCAGACAAGAAAUUAUGCUGACCAUAGAAUUCCAGACAAACUUAAAGACAUGCCCGAAAACCCAAAUCCUCGUUUCUUCGACAUGGUAGAAUACUUCUUUCACAGGGCGUGCAUGAUCGUCGAAGACAAGCUCGUAGAAGACCUAGCCCAACAAAAGGGCUCCAGGCUAAGUCUCGAACAACGCAAAGCGAAGGUGAAAGGUAUUCUUACGGUCAUGGAAGAAUGCAAUCACGUUAUCGAAAUCGUCUUCCCCAUCAAACGGGACAACGGCGAGUACGAGAUCAUCAAGGGAUUCAGGGCGCAGCACAGCACCCAUCGGACGCCUUGUAAAGGGGGUAUUCGUUAUUCCAUGGACGUAAACAGGGAUGAAGUAAAAGCCUUAUCAGCUUUGAUGACCUUUAAAUGUGCGUGUGUGGAUGUACCAUUUGGCGGUGGUAAAGCAGGUGUAAGAAUAGAUCCGAAACAAUAUUCAGAACGAGAAUUAGAAAAAAUUACCAGAAGAUUCACCCUCGAAUUAGCAAAGAAAGGUUUCAUUGGUCCAGGGAUCGAUGUGCCUGCUCCCGACAUGGGCACAGGUGAACGUGAAAUGUCCUGGGUGGCAGACACUUAUGCGAAAACAAUAGGGUACAACGACAUAAAUUCGCACGCGUGUAUCACCGGGAAACCCAUCAAUCAGGGUGGCAUACACGGUAGAGUAUCAGCAACAGGUCGAGGGAUCUUCCACGGGAUAGACAACUUCAUGAACGACACCAGUUUCAUGGACGUCAUCGGUUUAUCCCCUGGAAUCAAGGGGAAAACAUUCAUAGUACAAGGUUUUGGUAAUGUCGGCUUGCACACCACCAGGUACCUCGUGAGAGCCGGAGCUACAUGUAUUGGGGUGAUAGAACGAGACGGGUCACUUUACAACCCUAACGGCAUUGAUCCAAAGGACCUUGAGGAUUAUUUACUGAAACACAGGACAGUACAGGGAUUCCCUGGGGCGCAAAAGUACGAGGGUGGUUUCGAUUUGAUGUAUGAAAACUGUGAUAUCUUAGUUCCCGCUGCUACAGAAAAGGUCAUAACGAUGACAAAUGCGGAUAAAAUAAAGGCUAAAGUAAUAGCCGAGGGUGCUAACGGGCCUACAACCCCAGCCGCCGACAAAAUCUUAAUCGACAAAAAGGUCCUGGUGAUCCCCGAUCUGUAUUGCAACGCUGGUGGUGUGACAGUAUCAUUUUUCGAGUGGUUGAAAAAUCUUAAUCACGUAUCAUACGGAAGACUGACAUUCAAAUACGAACGCGACUCCAAUUAUCAUUUGCUAAAAUCAGUACAAGAAUCGUUAGAGAGGAGACUUGGUCAAACCGGAGGACCUAUACCAAUAACUCCAUCCGAUUCAUUCCAAAAACGGAUUUCUGGUGCUUCAGAAAAAGAUAUUGUACAUUCUGGUUUGGAAUACACCAUGGAACGAUCGUCGAAGGCAAUCAUCAAAACUGCUAAUAAGUUCAACCUGGGCCUGGACUUGAGGACAGCAGCCUACAUUAAUUCUAUAGAAAAAAUAUUCACCACAUAUUCCGAAGCUGGACUUACAUUCUAA